CAGAUACGGCCAUCGCAACACCAAAACCAGUACCCCAAGCGGAAAGAACCCCCUCCGAAAGACUCGAGCCUCUAGAUGAGGAAGAGACUGUCGUCUACCCUAUGCCUUUAGCACCCCAAACGGCCAUCUCAACAUCUGUGAGGAACAACCCGUUCUUUAUCGCAGACAAGGAGGCAAAAGUCGGGGCCACGGAACCGAAAACCACGGCGAUGAAUGUGCGAGCGAACCGACCGACCCGACUUUCGGAUUGUAUUCCCCUCAAAGAGUCGCAUCCACCAUCAAGUUGUGGUUCGAAAAGCGAAGGGAGGUGUUCCAAUCCGAAUUGCAGGGCAACUCAUGCAGGGAAUCACGCAUUCCGGCAUAGCAUUGCGUGUGCGGCACGCCAAAACACCACACAGCUAGUUCCCGGAUCUGCAAACCUAGAAGAGGCGGAUACGGAUGAAUCAAGGACACAGCAGACAAGGCACUCUCCACUCCAAGGCACGUUGGAGAGGAAGAUUGACCAAUUGUAUCACCAUGCCGAGGACCUCCAUCAUUCACAACACAUCAUGGAACACCUUGCAGCUGGAUCGAGAACCCUUGAACGUACUGCGGCCCAACAGAGAUGGGCAGAUACACACGGAGAGACUGGUUUAGCGACAAGACGGCAAUCUCUGCGAGACCACUCCCUUGCUCGCGAUAGCAUAGCUAGGAUCGGAUACGACAUGCCUGUGCAUUCCCUGAGAAGAGAUGUCAAGCUUCCUGAUCCCCCUAUCGCAGAGACUCAUCCCCUUGCGAAUGACCUUGUCACAGACCGGGAGCUGAGUCCCAAGUCUCAUGAACUCCCCAAGGAUGUUCAUACAAAGGUUUCUGAGUGGGUCAAGCCACACUCUAUCUACCAGGAUGCAGGUUCUGAGACACAAAAAGGCGACAUCCAACCUUCGAGUCCGUCUUUUCCAGUCCUGAAGCCAAUGUCACCCAAGACUCUACUUGAUCAACCCAUAACGAGAUCGCGACAAAGGGUUGGCCCGGUAGAAAACACCCAUGCAUUUCGACAGUCACAGAGCGCAUUGGCAAGGCAACCCAGCUCCCAAGAAGGGCAAAAAGUCUUACCACCUGCUCUAAAUGCGCGUAAGUCUGUCACUGACAAGCAGGAAGCUCCUGACGAGGUUCCGAGACUGGCCUUGGAACGACCAACACUGAGAAAGGUGCAAAACACCCUUGCAGAUCGUGAUAGAGGAAAUACUGGGGCCUCAAACGUCUCAUCCUGGAGAAAGCAAUUAAGGAAGGUCGACAAAUCGAAAGAACGUCCUCGGGACAAACAACCUACGCCGCCAGUAGUAAAAUGGCGACGGAGCCUCAGCAAGCUUCCCCCGACACCUCAUGCCGAGCUAGACAAGGCAGGCACUUGCACAUUUUGCCAUUUGAGCGAGGCUUCGUCAUCCAAGCCAGUGGAAGGAACUCCUCGACUAGUUGUCGACGAGAUAGCUGGAACUCCCGAGUAUGAGCAGAGCUACUCAGCGAAGCCACAGAACUCGCGACUGAGGUUGAAGCAAGUUGAGCUAUCACUAGCUCGGAAGAGCGCCGAAGACCUUGCGGAAGAAUCUCGUAACCAAGCGGAGGAUGUAGUUAUCGAGACCCGCGAGGUGAGGACUAUCAAGCACUGCAAGACUUUGAGUCAUUCGUCAUUGGAGGAGACGGAGUCGAUCACUGAGAUUCACAACCCGAGACCAGUCAUCCCGCCCAACCACGUUUGCGCAUGGCGAACUCGAUACAUGGACCUCAGCACGGAAGUUGACCAACUCAAGUCCGAGGCGAGCUCGCGGCCGUUGAUAGAUCCAGGGUCUGGGGGGCCAGAUGCUGCCCGAAGAGACGUUGCAAUUGGUGCGAAUUUGAAUCAACACCAGUGUCCUGAGAUUAGAAUCGAGGGCCUAACGAUUGUUAUGCAUAUGAGAGGCAAGGACGACUUGGUGAUCAACACCAACUUGAAGAAAGACGACUUCUCCAGUGAUGGCGGGAGGUGAUGGGGGAAGAAGGCGAUGAGGAGGCCGGGUCUUGAGUUGUAGUUUACGAUAGUAUCAAUUAACUACGGGAAUCAUUUGCCACA